GGUUCCUCCACCCAAGGGUGGUGGUGGGAGGUCCUAGGAGCACACACCAGCCACCAUUGUUGCUGCAGAUGGGAGCCCUGGAGGUAUGCAAUGAGUGGCAAGCCUAGACUUCAUACCACCAAGGAACAUCACAGCUCCUGGAAGCAAAGAGAUCUCAGAGCAGCCUCCUGCUGAUGGCCAGGUCUCUCUGCUAAUCCAGGCUGGCUGCCCCCAAUCCCCAGAGAGGACCCAUCCCUUCAGGAUGGCUCCCCCACCAGACAACUCCCUUGGUCUUGCUCCCCCACUUGAGGACCCAGGACCAGAUCUGGACAGCAGAUGGCUUUUCUUAAGUGCCAACAUUCUGCCUGUGGUGGAGCGAUGCAUGAGUGCCAUGCAGGAGGGGACCCAGAUGGUGAAGCUCCGUGGCAGUUCCAAGGGCCUGGUUCGCUUCUACUACCUGGAUGAGCACCGCUCCUGCCUUCGCUGGCGGCCCUCACGCAAGAAUGAGAAGGCCAAGAUCUCCAUAGACUCCAUCCAGGAGGUGAGCGAGGGGCGGCAGUCUGAGAUCUUCCAGCGCUACCCUGACAGCAGCUUUGACCCCAACUGCUGCUUCAGUAUCUACCAUGGCAGUCACCGCGAAUCACUGGACCUGGUGUCACCCAGUGGCGACGAGGCACGUACCUGGGUCACCGGCCUGCGCUACCUCAUGGCUGGCAUCAGUGACGAAGACAGCUUAGCCCGCCGCCAGCGCACCAGGGACCAGUGGCUGAAGCAGACGUUUGAUGAGGCUGACAAGAACGGGGAUGGGAGCCUGAGCAUCGGCGAGGUCCUGCAGCUGCUGCACAAACUCAACGUGAACCUGCCCCGGCAGAGGGUGAAGCAGAUGUUCAGGGAGGCGGACACAGAUGACCACCAAGGAACGCUGGGUUUUGAGGAAUUCUGCGCCUUCUACAAGAUGAUGUCCACCCGCCGAGACCUCUACUUGCUCAUGCUGACCUAUAGCAACCACAAGGACCACUUGGAUGCCACAGACUUGCAGCGCUUCCUGGAGGUGGAGCAGAAGAUGAAGGGCAUGACGCUUGAGAGCUGCCAGGACAUCAUUGAGCAGUUUGAGCCCUGCCCAGAAAACAAAAGCAAGGGGGUUCUGGGUAUCGAUGGCUUCACCAACUAUACCCGGAGCCCUGCUGGUGACAUCUUCAACCCCGAGCACCACGGUGUGCACCAAGAUAUGACACAGCCACUGAGCCACUACUUCAUCACCUCGUCCCACAACACCUACCUCGUGGGUGACCAGCUCAUGUCCCAGUCUCGGGUGGACAUGUAUGCCUGGGUCUUGCAGGCUGGCUGCCGCUGUGUGGAGGUGGACUGCUGGGAUGGACCUGAUGGGGAGCCCAUCGUUCACCAUGGCUACACUCUGACCUCCAAGAUCCUCUUCAAAGAUGUCAUCGAGACCAUCAACAAAUAUGCCUUCAUUAAGAAUGAGUACCCGGUCAUCCUGUCUAUUGAGAACCACUGUAGUGUCAUUCAACAGAAGAAGAUGGCCCAGUAUCUGACUGACAUCCUUGGGGACAAGUUGGACCUGUCUUCAGUGAGCAGUGAGGAUGCCACCAUGCUUCCUUCUCCACAGAUGCUCAAGGGCAAGAUCCUGGUGAAGGGGAAGAAGCUCCCAGCCAAUAUUAGUGAGGAUGCCGAGGAAGGUGAGGUGUCUGACGAGGACAGCGCCGAUGAGAUUGAUGAUGACUGCAAGCUUCUAAAUGGGGAUGCUUCCACCAAUCGGAAGCGCGUGGAAAACAUAGCCAAGAAGAAAUUAGACUCUCUGAUCAAGGAGUCAAAAAUUCGUGACUGUGAAGACCCCAACGACUUCACCGUUGCCACACUGUCCCCAUCUGGAAAACUUGGGCACAAAGCGGAGGCCAGGAAGGGUCAGAACAAGGCCGAGGAGGACACGGAGUCCGGGGAAGACACUGGGGCCAACAGACGGAAUAGUCGCCUCCUCAUGAGCAGUUUCUCCAAGCGCAAGAAAAAAGGCAGCAAACUAAAGAAGGUGGCCAACGUGGAAGAGGGGGACGAGGACUUGGACUCUCCAGGAAGUCAGAGCCGAGGGACAGCCCGGCAGAAGAAGACCAUGAAGCUGUCACGGGCCCUGUCAGACCUGGUGAAAUACACCAAGUCUGUGGGCACCCACGACGUGGAGACAGAGGUGGCGUCCAGCUGGCAGGUGUCAUCCUUCAGUGAGACCAAGGCCCACCAGAUCCUGCAGCAGAAACCGGCCCAGUACCUGCGAUUCAACCAGCACCAGCUCUCGCGCAUCUACCCCUCUUCCUACCGUGUGGACUCCAGCAACUACAACCCGCAGCCCUUUUGGAACGCUGGCUGCCAGAUGGUUGCCCUGAACUACCAGUCGGAGGGGCGGAUGCUGCAGCUGAACCGGGCCAAGUUCAGUGCCAAUGGCAGCUGUGGCUAUGUGCUCAAGCCCCCAUGCAUGUGCCAGGGCAUCUUCAACCCCAACUCUGAGGACCCCCUGCCUGGGCAGCUCAAGAAGCAGCUGUCCCUGAGGAUCAUUAGUGGCCAACAGCUGCCCAAGCCAAAGGACUCGAUGCUGGGUGACCGUGGGGAGAUUAUUGACCCCUUCGUGGAGGUGGAGGUCAUCGGGCUCCCUGUGGACUGCAGCAAGGAGCAGACUCGUGUGGUGGAUGAUAAUGGAUUCAACCCCAUGUGGGAGGAGACAUUGGUGUUCACGGUGCACAUGCCGGAGAUUGCACUUGUGCGCUUCCUCGUCUGGGACCAUGAUCCCAUCGGGCGUGACUUCAUAGGCCAGAGGACACUGGCCUUCAGCAGCAUGAUGCCAGGCUAUCGGCAUGUGUACUUGGAGGGAAUGGAAGAGGCCUCCAUCUUUGUACAUGUGACCAUUAGCGACAUCAGUGGUAAGGUCAAGCCGACUCUGGGCCUAAAAGGCCUGUUCCUCCGCGGCCCAAAGCCAGGCUCGCUGGACAGUCAUGCUGCUGGGCAGCCCCCGCCUCGGCCCUCCGUUAGCCAGAGGCUCCUGCGGCGCACGGCCAGCGCCCCAACCAAGAGCCAGAAGCCAAGCCGCAAGGGCUUCCCAGAGCUGGCCCUGGGCACACAGGAUGCAGGUUCCGAGGGGGCAGCUGAUGAUGUGGCACCCCCCAGCCCUAGCCCUGCUCCAGAGGCCCCGACCCACGAGAGGUCAGGCAGCAGCAGCCCCCGAGAUACCCGUGUCUUCCCCCUGCAGCGGCCCAUCUCUCCCCUGUGCAGCCUGGAACCCAUUGCUGAAGAGCCGGCCUUGGGUCCCAGCCCCCUGCCACAGGCAGCUGCCUCCACCUGUCCCUCCCAAGAAGGGCUCCAGUGCCCUGCAGAAUCAGAAGCCAAAGUAACUAGCCCCCAACGGACAGCUCUAGGGGCUUCCAGGUCCCUUCAGCUCAGGACUGGGGUCCAUAGGGACGAAGAGAUACCCCAAAAGCUGCACAAUGGUGGGAUAUCUAGUGGGGCCUGUGAGUGGACCUCUGGCAGCCAGAUGGACAGCAAGAGCCACCCCCGGGCCCUGGUCAGAAGGGCUAAGAGUGAGGGUCAGGUGCCCUCAGAGGCCCUAGGUGGGUGGCGGCCAUUGGCUGGGCCCUCUCCCACCCCUGCUGUGUACUCGGAUGCCACAGGCAGUGACCGGUUAUGGCAGCGGUUGGAACCUGGCAGCCACCGCGACAGUGUGUCCUCGUCCUCCAGCAUGUCAUCCAGUGACACUGUCAUUGACCUCUCCUUGCCCAGCCUGGGCCUGGGCCGCAGCCGAGAGAGCCUCACUGGGGUCUCCCUUGGCCGUCUGCCCCUCAGGCCCUGCUCGGCCUCAGCUGCCCGCCCAGACUUGCCUCCUGUGUCCAAGAGCAAAUCGAACCCCAACCUGCGGGCUGCAGGAGGGCUGGCUCCUGCGCCCGAUGAGCUUCAGCCCAGGCCCCUGGUGUCACGGCUGUCAGGCCUCCACCCCCUGCCUCCCUGGCGUCGUCUCACCCUGGUGGGCCCGCAGGACUGCCCUGUGUCCACCAAGUCCAAAAGCCUGGGGGAUCUGACGGCCGAUGACUUUGCCCCAAGCUUUGAGGGCAGUUCCUGUAGCCUGAGUCGUAGCCUGGGCCCUCUGGGCGUCACGCAGCAGGCACUGGGGCCAGGGACACAGAGAGACACCCUGACGGAGCAGCUGCGCUGGCUCACAAGCUUCCAGCAGGAUGGAGACAUCACGUCCCCCACCAGCCUGGGCCCUGUGGGGGAGGGGAUGGCAGGGGGCCCAAGCUUUCUGAGACGUUCCUCCUCCCGCAGCCAGAGUCGUGUGCGUGCCAUCGCCAGCCGCGCACGCCAGGCUCAGGAGCGCCAGCAGCGGCUGCGGGGCCUGGACCUGCGGGUACCCCCCGAGGAGGAGCGGGGUACCCCCGAGGGUGCCUGCUCUGUGGGUCACGAGGGCUAUGUGGACAUGCCAGUGCCCUUCAAGGGAGCUCCUGAGCAAGUGUGUGGUGCUGCUGAUGGCCGGCUGCUGCUCAGGCUCUGACCCUGGCCCGACACAAUGCAGCUGGCCACCCUUCCUGUGCCCACUUAUGGGGCGGCCUCGCCCCCCCCCUUUGCUCAGGAAAUGGAGCCACAGGGUCCCCAAAGCUGCUGUGCCCUUCUGUCUGUGGAGAACCCAUUAGCCUCUCCCUGGCCCUGGCUGUCCUUCUGUCCCUGUUCCCAGGGAGGGAGGGACAGCACAGUCUGCCUGCCCUGGCCCACAUAAGACAGCAGAGAGGCUGGCCUUGGUGGGCAUUUUCCAUGGUGUUUAAGGAUAUAUACAUAGUUAUUUAACUUUUUAGAGGCAAAAACUUAUGCAGCAUUAAAAUGAUUCCUAGCCCUUUCCCACUGCUCUACCUGGUGUCUGGUCCCGUGCUGUGUGUGUGUGUGCGUGCCGAGUGUGUUGUCCAACUGCUGUGUGCCUGUCCCCAAGAGUGCCUGUGACACGCUAAGAGCUGCUGGGUUAUUGACCCUGUCCCCAUCCCACUGUAUACCUGGCUUCUUUUGGACAAACUGUCCAGUGAUUGUGUGACUUGGGAACACAACUCAAUAAAUGCAUCCAGCCUGCUGUGUGGGCUCACCGGC